GCGGACGUCAGGAACAAAAGCUCCAGCAGAGUCUGGCAAGAGGCACUCGGGGGAGCAAUGGGGUGUUUUGAAUAAUUAUUAAAAUUAGCAUGUGUCUGCGCCAUCCUGUGGGUGUGGCGCCGCGCGGCGUGUAAACUCGCCGGCGGGAGCACACAUUGGAUUAGCGGCAGCAAGCCUGCCAGCUUGCCCGAGGAGAGGGGGGACCAGCGCGCGGCACGCCGAGCGAGCGGUACCAUGGCCUCAUCGCAGGGCAAGAACGAGCUGAAACUCGCCGACUGGAUGGCCACGUUGCCGGAGAGCAUCCAUAGCAUCCCUCUGACCAAUUUGGCCAUCCCAGGAUCUCAUGAUUCCUUCAGCUUCUACAUUGAUGAAGCUUCUCCAGUAGGACCUGAACAGCCAGAGACUGUCCAGAAUUUUGUUUCUGUGUUUGGCACCGUGGCCAAAAAGCUGAUGAGGAAAUGGCUAGCCACUCAGACGAUGAACUUUACUGGUCAACUAGGAGCUGGCAUCCGUUAUUUUGAUCUUCGAAUUUCUACCAAGCCCAGAGACCCCGACAAUGAGCUUUACUUUGCUCAUGGUUUGUUCAGUGCCAAAGUCAAUGAAGGCCUUGAAGAGAUCAAUGCAUUUCUCUCAGAUCACCGCAAGGAGGUUGUCUUCUUGGACUUCAACCAUUUCUAUGGGAUGCAGAAAUACCACCAUGAAAAACUGGUCCAAAUGCUGAAAGACAUCUACGGAAAUAAAAUGUGCCCAGCAAUUUUUGCCCAGGAAGUUAGUCUACAGUACCUAUGGGAGAAGGAGUAUCAAGUGUUGGUCUUCUACCAUAGUCCAGUGGCUCUGGAAGUGCCCUUUCUCUGGCCUGGGCAGAUGAUGCCAGCACCCUGGGCCAACACUACAGACCCAGAAAAACUGAUCCAGUUUCUUCAAGCAUCUAUCACAGAGAGAAGAAAGAAGGGCUCGUUUUUUAUAUCUCAGGUGGUGCUGACCCCUAAAGCUAGCACAGUUGUCAAGGGGGUGGCCAGUGGCCUCAGAGAAACGAUCACAGAAAGAGCUCUUCCAGCUAUGAUGCAGUGGGUCCGCACACAGAAACCAGGAGAGAGUGGCAUCAAUAUUGUCACUGCUGAUUUUGUAGAACUUGGUGAUUUCAUCAGCACUGUCAUAAAGCUCAACUACAUCUUUGAUGAAGGAGAAGCCAAUACUUGAUAGUAUCACUUGGAGUGUCCAUGAAUAAGAUAGAGCAGACUCAUUGUUUAGGCAUAUUAUAUAUAAGCAUUCUGAUCUUCCUAUUCUGAGUCUCAGAGGGGAUUAGGGCUGAGAGUGGGUGGGUAAAGGGGAAAAUCCAUGAGUUCAGUGAUUAUUAUGGUAUUCUGCAUUACUAUAAAUAUUUCAUUUCCCGUUUAAUGAGCAAAAUCUACUGCUAGUGUUAGGGAUUAAAAAGACCAGUGAACUUUUGUUUUUCAAAAUUAGUCUUUGUAAUGUAAUAAUCAUGAGUGUUUGCUUGAUUGCAUUUCUGGUUUCAACCUAGGGUACCACCACUGUGUGUAUCUUCUGAAUCUUUCUGCUCCUGCUCUUGCUUGCUCUUCUUAGCCAGAUGCUAUAUGGGAAUCAAAAACAGUCGAAUACCCAAUAUAUCAUGUGUUACAUCGUUGUACUGAAAUUUGUUCUGUGGGACUUGGUAUACUAUUCUCUAGUCAUUGUCAAUUGGAAAAUCAGUGCUAACUUUUGGUCAUUGAAAAUAUGCAUUAAAUCAGUUCCCUGCAUCAGUGCUAUUGGAGGCCAUAUUCAGUGAUUUUAGUGUUUUCUGAAAAUAAGUGUUUCACAGUAUUUAUAUGCAAGGCAGCUAUAAAUAAAGAGUAAAAACAUUUUUGGAAUAAC